AAAAAGAGAAAACCCUUCAUAGAACUACACAAAGACCACAUUGUCAAGUAUCACCUUUCCCUUUCUUUAUUUCUCUCUCUCUCUCUCUCUCUCACUAGCUAGGUAGCUUGUUGCUUCAUUCAUGGCGAUUUCGAAACUUUGCUCUCUUCACACAGUCUGCUUCUUUUUGAUGGCCAUAAUCUUUACCAGUAGUACUGCACUUAGUAAUGAGUCCUUGUCUUCUUCUGCUUCUUCUACUUCAACAGAUGUUGAACUUCUUUUGGGAAAGAUCAAAGCUUCACUUCAAGGUAACACUGAAAACCUUUUACUUUCUUCUUGGAAUUCUUCUGUUCCUUUGUGUCAAUGGAGAGGCCUUAAAUGGGUGUUCUCCAAUGGUUCUCCUCUUUCUUGUAAUGACAUUUCUGCACCAGAAUGGACUAAUCUUUCACUCUAUAAAGACCCAUCUUUGCACUUGCUUUCUCUUCAGCUCCCUUCUGCUAAUCUCACCGGUUCACUUCCUAGAGAGCUUGGUGAGUUCUCUAUGCUUCAAAGUUUGUAUCUUAACAUUAACUCAAUGACUGGAACUAUUCCUCUUGAACUUGGUUACGGUACUUCCCUCUCUGAUAUUGAUCUGAGUGGCAAUUUGUUUAGUGGGGUUUUAGCUCCAUCUAUCUGGAAUUUAUGUGAAAGAUUGCUUUCACUUAAGCUUCAUGGUAAUUCACUAUCUGGGUCUCUUCCUGAACCUGCAUUGCCCAACUCUACUUGCAAGAAUUUGCAGUUUCUUGACUUGGGUAGCAACAAGUUUUCAGGAGACUUCCCGGAAUUUUUUACUCGCUUUCAAGGGCUUAAGGAGCUUGAUCUUUCUGAUAAUGUGCUUUCAGGAUCAAUUCCUCAGAGUUUAACAUCAUUAAACCUUGAAAAAUUGAAUCUUUCGCACAAUAAUUUUAGUGGGAUGUUGCCUGUUUUUGGCGAAUCAAAGUUUGGGAUGGAGGUUUUUGAAGGGAAUGAUCCUAGUCUUUGUGGGUUACCUUUAAGAAGUUGCAGUGGAAGUUCAAGAUUGAGUUCAGGUGCAAUUGCUGGUAUUGUGAUUGGAUUAAUGACUGGAGUUGUAGUUUUGGCUUCAUUGUCGAUUGGUUAUAUGCAAAACAAGAAGAGGAAAGGUAGGGAAGACAGCGAAGAUGAAUUAGAGGAAGUAGAAGAUGAGGAAAAUGGUGGUAGUGGUGGCAAUGCUGGCAGUGGCGGUGAAGGAAAGCUUAUUUUGUUUCAAGGAGGUGAGCAUUUGACGUUGGAUGAUGUUUUGAAUGCGACGGGACAAGUAACAGAGAAGACUACUUAUGGGACUGUAUAUAAGGCAAAGCUUGCUGAUGGUGGUACAAUUGCUUUGAGAUUGUUGAGAGAAGGUAGUUGCAAGGACAGAAGUUCAUGCGUAACUGUGAUAAAGCAAUUAGGAAAGAUUCGACAUGAGAAUUUGAUUCCUUUAAGAGCUUUCUACCAGGGGAAGAGAGGGGAGAAGCUACUCAUAUAUGAUUAUCUUCCAAAUAGAAGCCUUUAUGAUCUUUUACAUGAAACUAAAGCAGGAAAGCCAGUGCUAAACUGGUCUAGGCGGCACAAGAUUGCAUUGGGCAUAGCCAGGGGACUAGCAUACCUUCAUACAGGUCUUGAGACACCCAUCACCCAUGGGAACGUGAGAUCCAAAAAUGUGCUUGUGGAUGAGUAUUUCGUCUCCAGACUUACUGAAUUUGGGCUUGACAAACUAAUGGUUCCAUCUGUGGCUGAUGAAAUAGUUGUGCUUGCAAAGGCUGAUGGAUACAAGGCACCAGAGCUUCAGAGGAUGAAGAAAUGCAAUUCUAGAACAGAUGUUUAUGCAUUUGGAAUACUUCUGCUGGAGAUUCUGAUAGGCAAAAAACCUGGGAAGAAUGGGAGAAAUGGUGAUUUUGUGGAUUUGCCGGCAAUGGUUAAAGUGGCGGUUUUAGAGGAAACAACGAUGGAAGUUUUUGAUGUGGAGCUUUUGAGGGGAAUAAGGAGUCCAAUGGAAGAAGGGUUAGUUCAGGCUCUGAAGCUCGCAAUGGGAUGUUGUGCUCCAGUGCCUUCAGUUAGACCGGCCAUGGAUGAAGUUGUGAAGCAAUUGGAAGAAAACAGACCAAGAAACAGGUCUGCGUUGUAUAGUCCAGCCGAAACAAGAAGCGAAGUCGGGACCCCUUUCUGAUCAAGCCUUUCCAUUUUCAACAUAAUUUAGCUUCUUUUCUGUUAUUCGUCAACUAUGGCAGUGAUAGCUGAUGGUUGUAAUGGCGCUUUAUUAUAUUGUAUUUGUGUAUGGCAGAAUUCAAUUCUUAGUCUCUAUGCAAUUCAUGACAAUGCAUAUCUCUUAUA